GAGUACUCAUUUUCCCCCAAAUUCAACCGAAACCCUAAUUCCUCUCUGCUGCAGCAAAAAUGUUCGAAUUCAACCCAAUGCCGUCCCCUUCCUGCUCGAUUCAUCCACUAAUCUCUCUAAUUUUCAUUUCCACGCUGCUAUCAGCUGUCCAGCUCUCUCUCUCCACCCCCCACAAGCCACAUCUCGGCUCGAAUCUCAUCCUCAUCGGCGACGCCAAGCUCACUAACAACAGCUCCUUCAUCCGCCUCACCGACCCCUCAAUUUCCUCUCCCAGCGCCGGCUUGAUCGUCCAGAAAAGGCCCAUCAGGCUCUCGACCCCGGCCUCGAAGUCGAAACGCCCCGUUUCGUUCUCCACUGAUUUCACAUUCUCAAUCUCGCCUCACAAUGGCGACGGAUUGGCCUUCCUGAUCGCGCCCCGAGCCUUCCAGUCCACGUUUUCCGGAGAAAGUUUCGGUCUUUCGAAGGAAAAUCGGUUUCUUGGGGUCGAAUUCGACACAUCGGUCGAUGAAAAUGUGGGGGAUUUGAACGCGAACCACGUCGGUCUUGACAUCGGGAGCCUCGCUUCGGUGAGGACGAGCAAUGUGUCGUCGAUUGGCUUGGAUUUGAGGAGUGGAGUGAAGCUGCAUUCUUGGAUUGAUUACGAUUCGAGCUCGAAGAGGAUUGAGGUUAGGUUGAGCAAAUUUGGGGUUGCUAGGCCUUACAGUCCUCUGUUGGUUUAUAAGGUUGAUUUGGGUGAAAUGUGGAGAAGUGAAGAGGUUGUUGUUGGAUUGAGUUCUUCGACUGGAAACUCAAUGCAGACUAGCAGUGUCUACACAUGGAAUUUCCGGACUAGGGAGGUUCCGCAGUGGAUGCAUUCGCAGCCGUUGAAUCCGAGGGCGUUUUCGAGGGAGAAGCUGGCGCAGAAGAGGAAGAUUUGUGCUCUUGGUUUCAUUUCUGGAUUGGUUUUCUUGACAGGGUGUGGGGCUUUGCUGGCAUUGGUUGUGAUGUUCCUGUGGGCGUUGUUCGAGAAUGGCUCGGAGACUGUGCUGACCAUCCCGGGGAAAUGCACUGUGCAUUCGGGGGAUUUCAGGUAUGAAAAGAUCAAUGUUGUUGUUGGAGAUAGCACACCUGAUGCUAAGAAGUAGAGUUUGUUAUUUGCUUGUUUUAUUUUAUGCUUUGUAAUGGUAGUAUAUAAUGUGAUGGAUUAUGUAGUUUCUGGCUGUGUUGAACCAUGGAAUGGAGCAGUUUUAGUUUGUGCA